CUCUAAACCACUGCACUCCUGCAACUCGCAGCUCAUGUGUCUGCGCCCGGUUGCUUAACACUCACGUGAAGAUGGCCGAGCCAAACGUUUCGGAAAACGUAGGUCCCUCGCUCGACAGUCUUUUUGAGCUGGAUCCUCGUCUUAGACCGUAUGAAACAGACUUCCGGAGGAGGUACGGGCUUUUUCAGAAACGGCUCGCUCAGCUGGAGGAGGCCGAGGGGGGCUUCGAUCAGUUCUCACGCAGCUACCAGACUUUUGGGGUACGGCGACUCCCCAGCAACGGGCUCUCCUUUAAAGAGUGGGCCCCUGGAGCCGAGGCACUGUUCCUGACGGGGGACUUCAAUGACUGGGACCCUUCCUCGCACCCCUACACCAAGAAAGAGCACGGGAAGUGGGAGCUGUACCUCCCGCCCAAAAAGGACAAGUCCCCGCCCAUCUCGCACGAGUCCAAGCUGAAGAUUGUCGUCCUAACAGAGGAGGGUGAAAGCCUGUUCCGAAUCUCACCCUGGGCCAAGUACGUCACCAAGAGGCUGGACUCCAACACCUACGACUGGAUCUACUGGGACCCUGUUCACCCCUACCUUCACAAGCACCCGCGGCCCAAGAAGCCGAAGAGCCUGCGGGUCUACGAGGCGCACGUGGGCAUCGCCUCGCCGGAGGGGAAGAUCGCCACGUACAACAACUUCACCCUCAACGUCCUGCCCCGCAUCAAAGACUUGGACUACAACUGCAUCCAGCUGAUGGCCGUGAUGGAGCAUGCCUACUACGCCAGCUUUGGUUACCAGGUUACCAAUUUCUUUGCGGCAUCCAGCCGUUUCGGGACCCCCGAGGAGCUGAAGCGGCUCAUCGACGUGGCGCACUCCCUGGGCAUCGUGGUCCUGCUGGACGUGGUCCACAGCCACGCCUCCAGCAACACGGAGGACGGCCUCAACAGGUUCGACGGCACCGACGCCUGCUUCUUCCACGCCGACGCCCGCGGGGAGCACGCCCUCUGGGGCAGCCGGCUCUUCAACUAUUCCAGCUGGGAGGUGAAGCGCUUCCUUUUGUCCAACCUACGCUGGUGGAUGGAGGAGUACCGCUUCGACGGCUUCCGGUUCGACGGCAUCACCUCCAUGCUCUACCACCACCACGGCAUCGGUGAGACCUUCACGGGGAAGCUCUGCGAGUACUUUGGCAUGCAGGUGGACGAGGACUGCCUGGUGCACCUGAUGGUGACAAAUCACCUCCUGCACACCCUUUACCCGGAUUGCAUCACAAUCGCAGAGGACGUUUCGGGGAUGCCGGGGCUGUGCCGGGCAAUCACCGAGGGAGGGUGUGGCUUUGACUACCGCCUGGCCAUGGCCAUACCGGACAAGUGGAUCCAGAUACUGAAAGAGUACAGGGACGAAGACUGGGACAUCGGCGACAUCAUCCGCACUCUGACCAAUAGGAGGUCGGGAGAGCCCUCCAUCGCGUAUGCCGAGAGCCACGACCAGGCUCUGGUGGGGGACAAGUCUCUGGCCUUCUGGCUCAUGGACAAGGAGAUGUACACCAACAUGAGCCGCCUGGAUCCCAUGACGCCCGUCAUCGACCGUGGCCUCCAGCUCCACAAGAUGAUCCGGCUGCUCACGCACAGCCUGGGCGGGGAGGCCUACCUCAACUUCAUGGGCAACGAGUUCGGUCACCCGGAGUGGCUGGACUUCCCCCGGAAAGGGAACAAGGAGAGUUACCUGUACGCCCGGCGGCAGUACAACCUGGUGGACGCGGAGCACCUGCGCUACAGGCAGCUGUACGCCUUCGACCGCGACAUGAACCGCACCGAGGACAAGUACGGCUGGCUCUCCUCCGCUCCUGGCAUUGUUACCACUAAGCACGAGGGAGACAAAGUCAUCGUCUUUGAGCGGGCCAGCUUGACCUUCAUCUUCAACUUCCACCCGACCGAGAGCUACAGCAACUACAGGGUGGCAGUGGCGUCUCCUGGAAAAUACACCAUUAAGCUGGACUCGGACGACCAGCAGUACGGGGGCCACGGGCGGCUGGAGCACGGCACCGAGUUCUUCACCGAGCCGGUCCACUUCAAGAGCUACCCCAACUCCAUGCUGGUCUACCUGCCCUGUAGGACAGCCCUUGUUCUGGCCAACGAGGAGAUUGAUUACUGCUAUUAGAGGCGGUGACUCCGUGGAGCCGGGGAUCAUGGGAUACGCGCAUCGCCCCCUCAACGUCCCGUAAAGAUUAUCGGCCGGAUAGGCUGGCGGCACAAAAGGGCCGGCUCUAUAACUGUCACUCACCAUCGCCGAUCCCCCUCAUUGCCCGGCCCCCGCACACCCACCCACCCCACCUUGCCUAACCAUGCCUUGUGACAGGGCUGACCGAAUAUGUUCCUGGAGGUCUACCGUCCUGCAGGUUUUCACUCCAACCCUAACAAAGGACACCUCGCUCAGCAGCCACGGUUCUCGUUGAGCUGCUAAUUAGUAGAGUCAGGUGUGCCUAAUUAGGGUUGAAAUGAAAACCUACAGGACUUGUAGACCUGUGGGAACAGGGUUGGGAAGCCCUGCCUUACGGAAACUUUAAUGCUGUGUCCCAAAUAUAUUUUUGCUGUGUUUCUUUAUUGCCUCUUUCUCACCUGACGAGGGAAAGAAUCUUACCAUUACUUUUACGGAGCAAGUGACGCUAGACCAGGGCUGCCCAACCCUGUUCCUGGGGAUCUGCUGUCCUGUGGGUUUUCACUCCAAGCCUAACAAAGCACACCUCAUUCAACCAUGAGAGAUCUCAUUGAGCUGCUAAUUAGUAGAGUCAUGUGUGCCAAAUUAGGGUUGAAAUGAAAACCUACAGGAGAGUAGAUCUCCAGAAACAGGGUUGGACACCCCUAUGUUAGACCAAUAUGUGGAACUUCUAUUCCAUUGAUUUAUAAUAGAAAAUAGCAUUCAUGAUUGUUUAAUGUAGUCGAGAAAACAUAUAUAACGUCCUUCGGAAAGGUUUUGAAUUGCACAAUGUAAGCAAGCGCAAAUCGUGUGGUUUUUGUUUGCUUUUAGAAAAGACACGUGUUUUUGAAAGAUUACAGUAAAAUGCUACAUUUAUAUAAUUUUACUCUUUUUUUGAAGCAAUGUAUGGAUGGAUAAGUCAUCUUCACAAGUCUUCCUAUGAAAAUGGAACUGAAAAUAAAAAAUAACAAAGGAUAAUGUGA